AUGAAUACGGAUUCAGUAAAAAGAUACGUAGAGAUAUGGAUAUUCUGGUCAGUGCUAGUGGCUCUGUCAUGGUACGGGUCGUCUCUGCUGAUCGCGGCCCAGUACAGAGCGUUUCAGAACAACCCCAUUUCCUUCGUCGUGGAAACUACUUACAAAGACUGGAACACGCACUUCCCGUCUGUUGCUAUUUGUGAAAACGAUAACACGAAACGAAUUGAGGAAAUAUCUGACGGCUUAUGGGGACCAGACCACGACUUCAACAUGGAGGAAGUACUAAAAGAAAUGGCCUAUUUCAAAGGCAUAACGUAUUACACGUCAGAAUUUUGUGGACUGGAGAAUCCUUUACCAGACUGUAUAAAGUCCAAUAUCAGUUAUUACGCAACUUUGGUUCGAAGUCCCUGUCAAGACACCCUUGCUAACUGCUCAUGGAACGAAGAAACCUUCGAUUGCUGCAAAUAUUUCAGGCCUUUAGACACCGAGCUCGGUACUUGUUUCGCAAUCAAUACCAUUCAAGGAAGAGACAAAAAUCCUCCAAAAUAUCCAAUGAUUAGCAAUAAAACUACCGGGCCUGGCGCCAUUAAAUUCAAUGUUCUGGUGACAGCUAACGUCUACGUUUUGAAUGAGGAAGAAGUACCAACGCUGACUACCAUAGGUUCAGACGUGCUCACUGUUGGGCCAGAAGUGUUUCACAGACGGUACAUCACCAUAAGAAACGUCGAGAACGACUACGGUGCCCGUUUAAUAGCUCCACGAAAACGCAAAUGUCGUUAUUCCGACGAGAACUCCUUGCAAGUAUACCACCACUAUUCUUACACAGCCUGUACCGUACAGUGCAGGAAAGAUGCACAACUACGGUUGUGUAACUGCACUAAUUACUUCAUGCCGAAUGUGCCAGAACGACUGAAGUGUGACGUCGAAGGAAUCAUCUGUUUAAAUGACCACGUGCAAGAACUGUCUGUGCUGAAAGCCCGAUGGUCGUCACGACCUGGCUUGUACUGUGACUGUCUGCCUUCCUGCACUGAGGCGGAGAUAUCCAUCAUGAAGGACUUUAAAGUCACUACCGGGGAGAAUUUCGCUACCGUUCAAAUUGAACUAUCCAUGCUUCCUAGUGAGAGGUACAGGAGGAACGUUGUUCGUGGCGUUCUUGACUUAGUAGUGUCGACUGGCGGGACGUGUGGCUUAUUUCUCGGCGUCAGCAUCCUAAGUUUCGUGGAACUUCUAUACAUUCUUCUCGUCCGUCCGUUUUGCGACAUCUACAGCCAGCGAGACGACGACCCCUGGCAUAGGAAAUUUGGCACUCGCCGCCUUCAGGACAACAACUUCGCCCCCAACCUCGACUGGAGGUACCACCGCGCCAAAACACAUGGCAAUCACUUCAAACGACGACAGGUGCACUCUAACCGUUAA